AUGGAAGAAAGUGAUGAAGACGAUGAAUGGCAACAAGAAGAACUUGUACAAACGACCUCACAACAGAGAUACAAAAUAAAUAUUAAUGAGCCUAGAAUGACUAGGGCAGCAAGGCGUAAGCAAAAUUUUGAAGGCAAAAGUAAGCCAGAAAAGCAGAAGAAAGUCGAUUUACCGAAAAAAAUGUGUUCGGAUAUUUUCUCGGAUGAGGUGGAAAAAAGUGAGAAUUCAGUACAGAAAUAUGAGAAGAAAACGAUAUCGGGAACAUGGGCAGCAGUUUCACCAAAGAAAGAAAUUUUGGCAGAAAAACCGCUUUUCGAUAAAAAUAUCGCGCAUAUACAAGCGGUUCAGCGAUUAAGCACUGCUGAAGGAUGGAGACGAAUGAACGAAUGGUUGAAAUCUUCAAUUAAAACAAUGGAUUUACCUAAAUUACGUCAACUUUUGGCACAACUAGUUGAUGCGGAUAUUACAGUGGAGUUGCUUAGAGACAAUGACACUCCUAAAAUUGUUAAAGACCUGCAAAAAUGCGCAGAUAAAGAAAUUGCAAAUUUUGCAAGUAAAAUGGUUACAAAAUGGAAGCAAACAAUUCGUGAUGGUAACAAAGAAAAACAAUUGAAACUUCAGCAGCAACAACAUCAGGAAACAAAAGUAAAAGCUCAGAAGCCUAGUGGUGUUGGUGUAGCUGCAGUAUCAGGAAAAAAUGUUAAAAGAGCUUCAACUGAAUCGGACGUUGGCGAUGGCCCUUCAACAAGCCAAACAUCUGGCCAGCUUAAACCAAGGACUGGCUCUAUUUCUUCAGCAGCUACUUCUCAUCAGCAGCAGAUUGGUUCUAGAUCUAAUUCUUUCAAUGUACAAAACACUACGGGUUUAAACAAAACUGGUGAAAGUUCUGUGAGUGCACCACCAAAACCUGAACGACCAAAAACAAUUGCUAAGGCGAAGGCUAAAAUAUCACGUCCAAGACUUACCGGCCUGGAAGGAGACGAAUCAGCAACUACGGUCAACAAGUCUGUAGAGCGUUCGAUCGGUACAAAUAAGACUAAAACUUCGACAACAGUAGUUUCCUCAAAAACAGCUACUUCAACAACUGCUGCUUCUGCCCAUGAGUCUCCUUUGGCGCGAAUUAUGGCUGCAACUGCAAAAUUUCAUGCUGAGCAACAACCUAAAAGAAAGUCCGUGGAGGUUGUUUUCAGUGAUAAUUUUAUGGACAGCCUAUCAGCUGCUGAUGUUGCAAAGCCUAAAAAAGCCAAAAUUGUGCGCAAAAAAUUGAGUGAACAAAAAGACGAUUCGGCAAAGGUUUUUAAUUCUUUCAAAGGAUAUUUUAUUUUUUUAAAUUUAGUCCGAUGUUCGCGAUUCUUUUGCUCCAGUUGA